CGUCCUCUCAGCUUCCUUACUGUACCCACACCUGCCAGAGCUGAGCCUUCCUAGACCCUGCCUAGUCUUGAGUCUGCCCAGAAUCCUUCUGGCUGCAGAAGCUCCUUAACCCCAAUGAGAGGAGGGGCGGGUCCAAGUCUCUUGAAAGCCGGGGGCUAAGGGCACUGAAUCAACACACAGACCCAUCACCUCUGCCCUCAAAGACACUUAACACCCUCCAUGCGGAGCCAAGAUGGGGAACAGAACUGAGGAGGAUUAUAACUUUGUCUUCAAGGUGGUGCUGAUCGGCGAGUCAGGCGUGGGGAAGACCAACCUGCUAUCCCGAUUCACACGCAAUGAGUUCAGCCACGACAGCCGCACCACCAUCGGGGUUGAGUUCUCCACUCGCACUGUGAUGCUGGGCACCGCUGCUGUCAAAGCUCAGAUCUGGGACACAGCUGGCCUGGAGCGGUACCGAGCCAUCACCUCAGCGUACUAUCGUGGUGCUGUGGGGGCCCUACUGGUAUUUGAUCUAACCAAGCACCAGACCUACGCCAUGGUGGAGCGCUGGCUAAAGGAGCUCUACGACCACGCAGAGGCCACCAUUGUUGUCAUGCUUGUGGGUAACAAGAGUGACCUCAGCCAGGCCCGGGAGGUACCCACUGAGGAGGCCCAAAUGUUCGCUGAAAACAAUGGGCUGCUAUUCCUGGAGACCUCAGCUCUGGACUCUACCAAUGUUGAGCUGGCCUUUGAGACGGUCCUCAAAGAGAUCUUCACAAAGGUAUCCAAGCAGAGGCAGAACAGCACCCGGACCAAUGCCAUCACCCUGGGUAGUACCCAGGCUGGACAGGAGCGGGACCCUGGGGAGAAGAGGGCUUGUUGCAUCAACCUCUGACCCUGAUCGGCACAAGCCCUGUCCCCACUGGUGUCCUGGUGGCCACCCUCCCCCCCUUAAGCCCCAGGACCUUUCCUUGCCCCUUGGUUCUGGAUGUCAAGAAUGUCCAGUUCCUGUUCACAGCUCCCUAGAACUCUGACGUCUUCAUGCUUCAUCACACAUAUCUCUAUUAUCUAUCCAUAUCCUGACAGACCAGGCCGUCAAAUAAAGUUGUGUUUUUUAUCAAU